AUGUCUUCAGACAAUGCCAAAUCGGGUGGCAGCCCCAGAUCCAAACCUAUAACUAGGAGCACCUCUCUCCGCCGUUCCCUGAAUCUCUCCUCUUUAAUAGCGGGAGUCAGGAGCAAGGACAGCUCUGACGACUCGAAGGCCUCCAAGAAAUCCAAGGUCUCCACCAGACGACAGAGUGCCAUCGUCGCGCCCUCUAUCAGCGCACCGCGGGCAUCCCUCGACGGCCGCACCUCUCAAUCCGCUUCCAAACGCGAAAAGACGCCCGACUCCAAGACAAUCACUCGCAGGCGAGCAUCCGGCACCCACACACGCGCUUCCGCAGAGGAACAGGCCCCCAUGAAGUCCUCUGAGCCAACCAGCAUAUCCGCCGUCCGCGCUACAAGCGCUCGCACCAGGGCCGCCAAUGGAAUCCCAAAGUACCGCCCCAAAUCUCAGGCAAUCGAGCCAUCCAAGCCAUCGACCCCAGUGAAGUCAGGCACUCGUCGCCGUCUCAGCACCUCAUCGGAAGAUGGCGGGAAAGAGCAGCGGAAGCCCCAGACGACGACGCCUUCUCCCAAGGAAAAGGAGAAACGGCCAAUCAGCCCAUUGCCUCAGCGUGCUGCGUUGAAGGCAUCUUCCGCUGUGAACUCUACCCCGCCAGCGACUCCGUCGACCCCGUCCAGUAGGAUCAGGCCCCCGACUACCCCCUCCGCCAACAGUCUCAGAUCAUCACCCACCCGGCCAGCGAAGGUCUUGAAGACUGCCACAGCGUCAGCUGCAUCAUCUGUCGUCAGGCCUUCUUCCUCUGCUUCUUCUUUGUCCAGCUCUUUCACUCCCCGCACUCCCAAAGGCUCUACCCUAAAGUCCGCACUGACACGCUCUGCCAAGGACAAAACGAUAACAGGUUCCACGCCAGUUAAAAAUUCCCCUAUCACACCCUCAAGGGAUUCGCCCUCUCCUCUUGCUCGCCAUUCCCGGAACGCUUCGAAAUAUGCCAGCUCUUCAUCCUCACACGUCGGCAACAUGUCCCACAUCUCAGAGGCGAACAGCGAAGAUAGUGAGGAGGACGACGUGUUACUGUUAUUAGCUCCGGUUGCCAACUUGGCUGCCCCGACACCUGCUAUGCCCCGCAUCCAAAGGACCAGGAGACGUCAAGCCCCCGAAACGCCCUCCAGGGAAAAGCCCAGCGACAAGAAGGACAAGUCUCGUUUAGCACCCCCGCGUUUGACGACAUCAAUUUCUGCUCGAGGACAUUUGCGACCUCCGCGAGCGCAGUCCAUUACCCCCGUCAAUACCCGACAAUCGAUUCUAUCCUGGGAGCAGCUGAGCAACGAUGCAUCACGUACCUUAGGCGAAGGCGAGGUCGAGCGCAUGAUUACCGAUGUCCCUGCCCCGUUCUCGGGUCCAACAUCACCUGCCCUCAGCUCCUUACUUGACAUCCCUCCCAGUCCCUGUUUGAGCGCCAUCGAUUCCCCUGGUGGUUUCGGCUCUAUUUCCCAGGUCCUCCUACCCGAUGUCACACCCUCUCCAGCUCCAUUCCACAAUGCCUCGACGCGUUUCAGCGUCUCCCCUGAAGCAGCAGGCGAAUCAUCAGCAACUUACCUUCGAUUACAACUCGUGGCAGCCGAGAAUCUCGCAAACGAUAGGUUAGCGAGGAUCCAGGCGAUGGAGGAGGAGAUCCAUAAUUUGAAGCAGGUGCAUGCGCAGCAGAUGGAGGAGAUGGCAUCGCAGAUGAGGUAUAUGGAAAAGGAGGAUGAAAAGGCAGGGUACGCUGCGGCAUUGGAGGAGCAACUCUUAUCGGCCCGGGCAAGUUACCAGCAGGCUAUAGAGGCUGCCAUCUCCCAGACGGAAAGUGCAGCGAAGUCACAACAAGAUAAUGCAUUGAAAGUACAACGAUCUCAGUUCGAUGUGCUGGCUGCUGUCAUGGCCACAGAAAAUUCAUGGCUCUCGGUAGGAGAUUCAUGCCAGGCAGAGCUGGAUGCCAUCCAGGGAGAAAGGGAGACACUCGCUCUUCUCUUGGCCGAGCUGGAAACUAUCAACAUCUAUUCUUGA